CUCCUCCUCCCACAAAGUGCUUUUAAACCUAAACCAAACAAACAACUUGACACCCAGAAUCCUUAAGGAAGAAAUGCUUAAAUGGAUGAAUGAAUAUUGACAGUUUAGUUUGGCUCAGUUGAUUUCUGGCACUUAUUUACGAAUGUAGAAAGAAAUGCAUCGGUCCCUUCUGUCAAACUUGCAACCCGUCUUAAAAAUUAAGAAUGAUGUGUUCAGAGUCAGCUAACCUCUCUCUCUUGCAUGGUUUAUAGUUCUCUCGUACUAGCUUUCCAACUACAUUGUACUUCUGCCUAUGACUUAAUUUAUCUAUCUGUAAUUUAUUAUAAUAUUUUAGACGUGAUCAGCCCAAAAUGUCAGAAGAUGAGGAAGUUUUGCGCAAGGGAUCCGUUCUUUACAAUUAUUUACAAGACAAUGGGUUUUCAAACUUCGAGUCUUAUGAGUAUAAAAAUCAAAGUACCAUGAAGUUUCCACUCAGAGUGGAUAAAUCAUUCAACUCAUCGAGCAUUCCCACAAAGGCUCCUCAUUGGACUACUAGUAACUUAAAUUGCUUUCUAAAGUCUGGACUUAUCCUGGAAGAUCAUCGUAAUUUUCUUGAACAUUACUACCCACUUGAAACAGAAGAAUAUUCAAAAUCGAAAUUCAACAUUAGACUCUGCAGUGUCCCUCUACUUUGCUUGGGAGGAGGACUUUGGAGACUAGCGCAGACACCUGUGUCCAAAGUUCUGCUUGUAGCUUCUGCAGCCCUUGGAUCAUUUUAUGCUGCUUAUCGUAUCAGAGAGAAUCGGAAACGUAAAUACUUCUCACUGCUAACUUCAAAGAUUCAGCUUACAUUAGUUGGCUUGGAAAAACUGUUUGUGCAAUAUAAGAGAAUGUUGCAGUUAAUUCAUCAAAAUGAGUUUAUUUCUCAGAAGAUCUCCCUUGGUCAAAAUGAAAUGUUAGAACUCAAGAGAAAACUUAGAAAAUCACUCCUUGGUGCAAUUGAAGUUUUAGUGGGAUUCUCUGAUGAACUCAAGAAAAUUCCAUUGUCAAUAGAAAUUAAUGCAACCUUGAGGUCCCCCUCUUCAGAAAUGAUACGUAACGGUUUAAACUUUGGUGAUGAGGAAAGCAACUCAUUUGAAAACCUCAAGAAAUUAUUCAACUCAUAUAUUCUUGUUCAGUCAGAAUUUUUAAGAGGAUUUGCAUUAUACCACUGUCCAGAUUUAUGGGAUCCAAAUACAUCACAUAGAAUUUUGUUGUAUUGUCAAAAUGUGCUGCCAGAAAUAAUCACAUGGAGUUCUGAUGUUCACAAAUCCCUCCUUCAAGAGCAGAAGCUUUAUAGAGCAGUCAUUGAAUCAAAGAACAAGGGAAGCCAAUUGAGAGCACACACAUCCUCUUCAUGGGACUACUCAGACAUUUACGUGUCAGUUAGAAGUGCAUGUGUACAUUUCCAAUCUCUUCUCAUUCAAACUCAAGGAUUACAGGAAAUCCUGGAGAAUGCACACAAUGGCCAGACAAAAGAUUGUGAAGAACUUUUGAAUGCAUCGGUUCAGAUUUUAACUGAGAUUUCUAGGGAGAUUCAUUUGGGACAAAUAUGUGUUGAUGCAAGUCUUGCUCAGAUUUUCAAAAUGUCUAACCCUUGCCAACCACCUAUUAAACCAAAUGAACUCGAGGAUUCCUCUUUGACCAUUGAAGAUCCUGAACAAACAUUCAAUUCAGCUUAUAGCGCCCCAGUGCAGGAUGAAAUUUUUGAACUUACUGUCCACCAUGAUGACUCAGAUUGGUCAGAUGACGGGGAGUGGAAUGACAUAGCUGAGUAUAGCAUUAGGAAGAAAGAGGGUGAGACUUCCAAAAUAGUUCUUGAAGAACUCAAAACUGUAUUGGUAAAAAAGGCAGAAGAAUGGAAGGAGAGGGAAAAGAGGGCCAUGGAAAGUAAAGGCAUUCCAUACACAGCACCUGAACAAGUGGACUCUCCAUCUCAUGAAUACAAAGCCGAAGAAGGUAAAACUGUACCUAAUACUGAAGAAGUAAUGGAUUUUCUUCCAACAAACAGCCAAAAUAAUUGGCCCCUGCCUAGAUUGAAAGGUAAUUUGAAGACUCAUCGUUCUAUGAAAGGCAAAAGACCAGAGGAAGUGGCAAUUAAACCUUUGGAGCCGAUGAUGUCUGAUGAUCCAAUAGAUAAAGAGGAUAAAAUGACAGAAAAUACAAGACUAGGUUUUGGAGCGUCUUUACUAGCAGAAGCUAUGGCCAAGUCAAAGGCUAUGCAAAGAGCUAGGCAAGAGGAGAUUUUUCAUGAUUCAGAGAAUGAAUUUUCUGAAUCUGAGUAAGCUAGUGAUAUUUUUCUGAUCACUGUUAAUCUUUGCCAUUGUUAUUCGUGUAAAUUCUAUAAUUGUUUUAAUUUAUUUCUAGUCUAUAACUCAUUGCCCCAUUGUAAAAAAUAGAGAACAUUUAUUUAUUAUUAUUAUUAUUAUAUAUGAUCUAUCAAAUUGUAAGCCCGUACGGGCACACGUGUGUCAAUGAAUACACGCAAAUACCGCAAA